AGUAGGUCUAUCUGUUAUGGACGUAGAAAAAAAGGGAAACAGACGCUUUAGUCUUAUUUUAUGAACAUAUCAUGUCUAAGCUACAGGGUUUAAACGUUUUUCUGACAGAGAGGUUAACUUUGGCUGCACAGGAAAUAUUGAAGGCGGUUGAAGACAUCUUUAGAGACUAUAAUGACGAGAUGUGUCGCUCCAGGCAGGAGAUACAGCUUCUGAAGAGAAAAUUGCACGACGCCGGAGUUCAGUUUCAUUCUGAAACACAGCCCUGCUCCUCUGAGAUUCAAGGAAAGAAAUACACCCAGACAUUCUCAGAAGAGCAGUGGAGAUCUGAUCAUUACGAGAAGGAUACAGAAAUGCAUAUGAAACUAGAGGUCUAUACACAGCAGGAGGAGAAUGGAGAGCAGAUGCGUGUGUUUAAUGAAACCACAUCUUUGCAACCACGUAUGGAUGAUGACCAUAAUCAGACGGUCAGCAAAGGUGUCGCAACACAAAUGAUGGAAAACUGCAAGAAUAAUUUUACCUUCAUUAACCAUGGUGCUCAGAUUAAGAAUGAACCUGAACCUGAUCCUGAAAGUGAAACCACCUGUCAGGCACAGCGUAUCAUAAAAUACAGCUCGGAUGAUACAGAGGACAGUGAUUCAUCCAGCAAUGACAUCAAAAUAAAAGUUAACCAUGUUGGCUCCCCUGCACAUAACACACAACCAUAUGAGCUGCCCUUCAGAAAUCAAGAGGUCUUUGCACAGCAUAGGAUGGAGCUGGCCCAAAUAAGUGAAAGAUGGGCAGAAGAAGAGCGAAAGAAGGCUGCAGCGAAAGCUAGAUCCCAAAAGCACAAGCAGAAAGUAUAUGGGAACCCUGAGCUUCUUGAGGAAUACAGAAAAAAGGAGAGAGAGAGAUAUCAAAGACGAAAAUCUCAGGGGAAAGUGAAAUCUGCUAAAGAUCUGAACCCAAUACAAUUGAGAAGGCAACAGAAAAGAUGGAGGGACAAUUCUGCCGCAUACAGGAGAAAGAAAUCAUUUCAGGACGUUUUAGACAACAUUAAAGAAGACAUUAUUGAAGUCCUCCCAGAGCAAAUGCCUGCCAACGCUACUCAACAAUUUUCGUUUUUUUAGUGUUCAAUGAGCAAAAAUAUUCCAACAUUCCUGUAAGCCAAUGCCAAGAGUAUAAUUCCCAGGGAACACAAUUUCCGGUAAAAUGUAUAUCUUUAAAGCUGAAGCGUGUGACUUUUUUCAGUCACACGAAAUUCUUUCUCCUAUCCCAGCUUAGGCUUACUGUUGUAGUUUUUCUCAACAACUGUAAACACUCUGGGGCUAAUUUAUGAAACAGAAGUGAAACUGAAAUUGUGCUGCAUCUUGAGUAUUUAAAUAAAGUCAUUGUCAUUCUUUCCAUGCAAACACUUCCUAUGUAAAUAUGGCUUAAUAUAGAUUGUGCUUUAAUUUAUAAAAAUGACAUACCGCAAUUGACAUCGUGCUAUUACCGCUAGAUGAAAACAGAUGGUAAAUUUAUUUUUAUUGAAAUGAGAGUUGUGUACAUUUUCUAUCAAUUAUAUCACCAGUAAUUCUUCAAAAGAAAUGCGUUAUAACCUGCCAUAUAUCCAGAUGUGCGGUGCAUGAAAUUUCGGCAUGUUAAAGACACGAUUCAGCUCAAGUUCAGACCGUUUAGCAGCGAUAUUGUGGCAGCGAUUGUGCUUUUGCCUGAUCUGCAUAAUUUAUUGAAUCGGGCUCAAUUCAGUUUUCGUGAAUUCCCCACUGUGUCUUAGUGGUGCUAUAAAAAUUCCUAUUUUGAGCAACCCGUCCACCCCGAUACAACAACAAAUAGGUGCUGGACUAUUUGUUUGAUCAGCAGCAGAUGGGGACAUAUUUGGGUGGUUGUUUGAAAACAAUGUUUAUUUUGUAAUUCCUUUUGGUGGCAAAGAAAUUACACACUUCAGCUUUAAACAUUGUCAGUCGAUUGGACAAAAGCUUUGGCAGCCAAAUGCAUCAAUGUAAAUAUAAUGUAGAAGGUAACUGCAUGCCGUUUCUGUUCCGCUUUAUACACUGUCAAACACACUGUUCACUUAAUUUCAUCAAUGGACAUGCCAUUUAUGAUUUUUUUAUUUUAUUUUUAUGCUAUUUAUACAUUUUGAAAUAAAGCGAAUACA